AUGGGAGCGAAAAAUGUCUUCAGUGAAAAGAUGGUGGGUUUUGAUCCAAAAAAUAAGGAGCAAUUGUCUUCUUUGCAAUGUGGUUUUUGCGGAGCUUCAUCUGGUGUAAUAACGCGUGUGGUGGUACAGCCUCUCGAUGUUCUUAAAAUACGAUUUCAGUUACAGAUUGAACCUACAACAAAGGUAUUUAACACAGAGCUCACCUAUAACUGACCUAACUUGGUUCUCAAUUAAGAUUCAAUGGAUUGCUGAUUUUUAAAGGACUUUGCCCAAUAUACCCUCUCCCCCCUUAAAAAAAAGCGAAACAAAACAAAAGAAGCAAAUAAAAUAAUAAUCAAAAGUUGUACAACCAUUGUUUCAGUUUUCUCCUGGGUAUUAAAGUCGUCCCCAGAGACAGAAAGAACAAUGCUUGACAAAAUCUUUUGGGGAAAAAGGUGUAUUAUUUAUGUGAAAAUGGUUAAUACAAUACCAACAUAUUACUUAUGCGGACGUUUUCAAAGCAAAACUAAGAGGUGAAAUGAGAGCCAGAUUUAAAUGAAAAGUCAGGGAACAAUAGUGUACAUAAGAUAUGUAUUGCACUCUGCGUGAUGGAACAAUCUACCUGAAAACUUAAGAAAUCAGAAAUCUUAUGGCGGCUUUAAAAUUUAAAGACCCUAACUGUAUACAUUUCUUAAUCAUCAAAUAUUUAAUAUUUGAUGAUUAAGAAAUGUAUACAGUUAGGGUUAUCACUAACAUUUCAAGUUGCCGGGUAAAUACAACAAGUAUGCAGCAAAUCAAACAGCUAGGAAUUUCUUUUGGUUCUAUUUUUCUUUUAUUUUCCGGUGAAAGUAGCUGGGGGCCACGUUCAUAGUAGCUGGGGCAGGGGCGGAUCUAGGGGGAGGGUGCAGGGGGUGUGCACCCCCCCCCCCCCUGAGAUGACCUGCGGUUUUCUAAUACAACUGGUAUUCAUGACAGCCCUGUUAACAGUAUCACUUACAGUAAAAAUACCAAAAAUUGAUGAGUUGCAUCAUUUCAUAAUGGAGGUUAUAUUGUAAUAUUAAGCACCAAUUGUAUGAUAGUAAUUUAAUGGUUUAGUGAAGUCGGGAAUCUCCUCUGAAAAGCUCAGCAGAGCUUGCCGAGGUCCCCUGCUCAUGUAUACCAGAACUUAAGUACUUAGUAAGUAUUUCAAAAAUCAAGGCAUCAUUUUGUGGCUGACAGGUUGUCUGGCCUGCGCAUUACAUUGGUGAAAAGACCAAAAAUAUAGGGGAACUCGAAGUUGGAGAAAUAGCUUGCUGGCAAAAUGGCCAAAAAUCAUUCUAAACAUUCAAUUCUUUAUUUGUCUAUCUAUCAUUGUAAAAUUAAUAUUGUACAUUUGCUAUUUGUUGGUUGCAUUAAAUUCAGCUUUAACCACAACACCCUUUAUCUAACAUGAAUGAUGUUCAUUAUAAAUUGUUGAUUGCUUCUGUUUAAUGUCAAAAUCACUCUGGCAUGCAUGACCUUGCCUAUGCUCUUUGAUUUGUAGACAUGAAAUUCUCACACCUCUUUUCAAGGUCACCCUAAAAGAAAGAAAACUCACAUGAAUUUAGUUCUUCUCUUGAUGACAGCUACAUUAAUAAUAUUUUACACUCUUGUUCACUGGCUUUAUUUGAGUUCUAGUUAAUUUUAUUAGACUGUUUGCACCUCUAAUGAUUAUUGGUGAAAUUGGUGAUACUUGAGUUUAGAUUUUGAAAACUCAAUUUAAUGUACAAAAUGCUUAUUGCAGUACUAGUAAAUAUAGAAAUAAUUUCUAUAAAAAAAUAAUUUAAUAAUUAUUAUUAUAUUUUUAAAUUAAUCUUAAAUUAUCUUCCAGGGAACAUGAUUCUUUUCUCUGUCUCUUACAGGGUAUUUCAAGAGGUAAAUACUCAGGAAUAUGGCAGGCAUUAAGAUUAGUGUAUAAGGAAGAAGGAUUUGCUUCUCUUUGGUAAGUUAUAUAAAGCAGCAUGUACAAAAGUUUGAAGUUAAUUGGUUCAACUUGAGCAUAUUUUUAUCCAACACAUACAAAAUUAUCUAUUUUGGAAGAAAAUUUCCUAUUUUAUACAUGAGCUUUAGGCAGCUAAACUUACUAGUUUGUAUAAAAAAUAAUGCACUUUGUUUAUUUAACCAGGAAAGGUCAUGUACCAGCUCAAGCUCUAUCAGUGGUAUAUGGAUCUGUUCAAGUAAGUGUUUAUUUUAUCAUCAAUAUGGCCUUUUUUGCACAAACAUACCAACUGCAAAAUGAAAUCUAAAAUAAUGGGAUUUUCUUGCUGGGCAAGUAGCUUUUAAAGUUUACUUGCCUAAUGGGUAAGGCUCGCAGCAAGUCAUCUUACAACAAAAUCAUUAAAUAAGACGAGCAUGAAUUGGCCCUGGGUAAGCAAAAUAUGAGUGCUGCUUGGCCAAAUAACAACCUUUAAUUCAAAAUUUUUUUGAGCCCUGCCUAAUCAUAUGUUUUAAAAGGCUGUGAGAAUUAAGAGAAUGAUCAGCAUAGAUAUCUUAUUUAUGUCAAACCAGACCUCAAACUUCAUUCCUAGUGUAUCUUGUCUUCCCACCCUUUGGAGCAUCCUCUGACAGGUAAAAAAGAGACCUUGAGUCUGAGUUUGUAAAGGGUUCUGUUAGAAGCUCUUACAUAAAAUAACAUUUGAAGUGGGAUUUCUAAAUAGUCCAUCUUAUUUUUUCAACACUUUUGUUUGAUAAAGGCAAACCUACAGUAUGAUGUGAAUGCAGGUAAAUAAAGCUAUCACCCUCAUGGCAAACAUUUCUCUCUCUCAUCGCUCAAAAUCCCCUGAAAUGCACUUUUCAUUAACCCCUAAGUUUAGAUUUUUCCAUGGGAAGCUCCUGACUCCCCCAGUGAAAGAGGGGCAUCCUCCCCUCAUACCUACCCCUACUCACAGCUGUGCCACAUGAAAGGUGUGCCAUUCAAUCUAAUCAGAUGCUGCUUACUCUGAAGAACCCUGGUUGUAGUGUCAUGCAAAAAAUGUUAUAUACUAUGAGGACUCCCAAUCAUAUAGGUUCUGUUGUGUUGUUUAUUUGUUUGAUACUCACAAAAUAGAAUCACAAGAGGUCUUGUAAUGCUGUGAUGAUAGCUGCAUGUGUUGUAUUUUAACACUUGUACUUUCACCUAGCUGGCUUGACACUUGACUGGUAUGAUCGCUAGAUUAUAAUAAAAGAUUGUGUCUUGUCUUUGAUUCAGUUCAUGGCAUUUGAAGCUGUCACAGAGGUUAUGUGGAGAGCAUACCCCACCUGUACCUCUCCAAAGUGGAAGCCAGGUUAUAACUCAUAACUUAAGGCGCUGGUCAUUUAUUAUCUUUGAUAGAGGGCCGGCCAUUUUGCUGGGGGGGGUCAUUUCCAGAUAACGGAGUGUAACAUGGGAGUCAUUUUAAUAGUUAUCACAAUGAUGCCAUUGAUCAGCAAAAGCUUUGAUUUAAUUGUUAUUUUAAAAAAAAAAAUUUAAGCACUUUAAGGUGUCAUAAGACACAAAAGCAGUACUUAGCAGUAUCCAGCAUGAAUUGAAAUUGAAUGUAAUAGCCAUAAAUAUUAAUCGCCAAUAUUACAAAUGUGACGUGGAUAAAGUAUGUGGUGAACUUUUGCAUGAUUUGUAGCUAACAGAACAGGUAGUGUUAUUAUUUUUUGUAAUGUUUUUCAGGUAAGAGAAGGCAAGCUCUUACCUUGGAAAACACAAAAAAAAUAAUGCCUAUUCUUCAGACUACACAAUUUAUAGCUAGAAUAUUAACUUUUGUAAUUCCCACAGCAAUCAGAUAUGGGUCAAUCACUUUCACAAUAGUUGAAAUUGAUUGAGGGUGACUUUUAAAAAGUUACAAUCCCUGACAAAACUACUUGAGAACAUUUUUUCCUCUAUGCGCACUAUCUUAUACAACAGAACUCUUUCCAAAUCAAUGGCUUUGCAUAAAGUUAACCCUUCUCCCAGCUCAAAGUUGCUUCCUACAAAUGCUCAGAGAUCAGACUUUCUUUUGAAGACACAAGAACACUGCUUCCAGGGGCAGGAGCAUUGCUUUCCAAGUAUGCAAUUUUAUCAAGAGUAGCUAGGAUGAAUUGAAGGUUGUUUUGAAAAUCUUCUAAGCUUUCUCAAAAUAACCCCCCACCCACAGGUAAUAAAUGACCAGCCCCUGAUGAAUACACAUGAAACUUCCUAUUUUUUCAAGUCUUUUUAAAACUUUUUAAUGAAACAGUGAAAUUGAGGCAGUAAAACAAAUGCCUAUUAUCAAAUGAUUUGUUAAAGUAAUAAUAUCAUUUUGUUUUGCAUCUGUAAUUUCUUGUGAUCAUUAAUACUGAAGGAUCUCCGUGUUUGUUCUUUCAAACACAGUAACUCACUUUGUCUGUGGUGGAAUUGCUGGAUGUCUUGCAAGUACAGUUGCACAACCUCUAGAUGUUAUUCGAACAAGGCUUGUUGCUCAGGGUGAGCCUAAGGUAAAUGUACAGUCAAAGCUGACUUGAUCAUCCCCAGUCGUCUCUUUCGUCUUCUAAUAAUAUAUUUAUGAGGGAUGGGUGGGGAAGAUGCCUGCGGGGGGACAUGGGAAGGAGGGAAAAGGGGAAAUGACAUCUCUUUCUUUUCCCUCUAUCCUUCCCAUCGUCCUCUUUGCUGAGAUGCCGUAAUAGUCUCCCAUGACCAUUCCUCCUACAAAUGAUAAGAGAUGACUGGGGAUGAGUGAGCAGUCAAAGUUCGCACAGAUUAACCCACACCCUUGGGAAGCAGGAAAAGUGUCUGCAUCUGAGGCUGGUGUGUUACGGGAAUAAUCCACGUAAGCUGCCACCAGAAGAAUAGAGUAUAGGUGAAUACGUACGAGAGCUUAUGACACCAAUCACUCUAAUCACUGUUAAUACAGAUUUAUUAUAUAAACACCAAUAAAAUACCAAGUGAGCUUUCACACGAAAACUUGAUAUCCUCACAUAUGAAAAUAUAACAUGUUAUCUUCACAUGUGAAAAUAUCACCGUUGCUAUGGCUACAUAAUAAAUUGCCCCUUUUCACACCAAAAAACUGUUUACGUAAAAUGGUUUGGUAUUUCACAGGUGUUUAUAUCAUAAAUAGAAGAUUACAUGUCCGCUUAGAGAUACAAAAUUUCCAUGUCCUCUCGUGUUGAAAAAAAUAUUUCACUCGUUCGCUGCGUUCACUCGUGAGACAUUUUUCAACACUCAAAGAGAAAUUUUGUGUCUCCGCGUGCGAUGUAAUAUCCUCUAUUUAUACAAUAAAAUACAUUAAUUAUACACAUAAUUACUUGUUUGUUUUAUUGUUCUUUAUAUACAAAACACCCAUUAUAUUCUGUACAUACUAAGUGGAUUUUUUCUUUGUUGUGUCAAUUUUAGACUUAGUUUAAACUAAAAGAAUACUUAGACAAAUCCUAUCCCCUGAAAGUAUCUGCUCUGCUAGUGUAGCGUUUGUAUGGAGAAUGAAAGAGGGUAUUGUCGAGGCAGUUGCAAUUGGUCACAUAAUAUGUGACUUUGUUUAUAGACUCAAAAAUUAGAUCUGCAUUGCUGCACAUCUUCUUAGGUCUUUGGAAUACAUCCUUUUGCUAUGCAAAUCUUUUGAAAACGUUUUAUUAUUCUUUCGUAAAUAUGUGAAUUAAAAAAAAUGUAUUUCAUUCUAGAUGUACAAGAAUCUUUAUGAAGCCGCUUCCAAAAUGUAUCGCAGUGAGGGACCCACAUCAUUUUACAGAGGUAAUAAGGCCUUAAUCAGUUUGUUUUCCCUUUAAUUGGUUAUAAAUUAAUUUGUCUAGGUUUAAUUACUGUUAAUUUCUUCAGUUGUGCUCCCUAGUGUGCCUAUUAAAUUUAAACCCCAAAAAAUUGCUCAGACUUGCAAAGAAACCCCCCAAAAUCUCAAAUUAACAGAUUCGCCCUCAGGAAUUUUGCCAAAAAAGGUGUUUUGGUCACUGUCUGGCUAUAAAGAAAUAGAACUUACCACAAAGCAGUUUACAGGUUGUACGUUUGCGGUCUUCUGAUCGAGAUGCAAAAUAUUAGUUUUCAAAGUUCAGGUAUGUGCAGAAAGCAAAAUUUCGAGUUAGUUUUUAGGUUUAAAAGUGACACAGCAGUCUUCAUUUUUCUUUUUCGCUUUCUCUCCUCCCCUCUUCUUUUUCUUUUCUGCCUUGUUUUUUUUUUUCUUUUUGCUGGGCAUUUAGUAGGCUUCAUUUUGGUAAGAAAAGAGUAUGGGGAAAGCUUUUAGGAUCAUAGGAUUAGAUGAAAGGAAAUGUAGGUGGCACUUGAAGGAUGUACCUUGUUUAGACAGUAAUAUCAAACACCUUUGAGAUACUUUGUAUUUAACGAUCCCCCUUUCUUUUUUUAUCCUGUAGGGCUGGUGCCAACUCUAGUUCAAAUUUUUCCACAUGCUGGUCUACAGUUUGGAUUUUAUACCUUUUUCAAGACUCUAUGGGAAGUCAUUUUUAGUUCCAAGGUACAUUGAUGAAUGCAGUCAUAGUCAGAAAUUAAACCCUUGUAAUUUUCUCAUGUCACAGUCACUUGAGCUUUUCACGUUGGACAUUGCAGCAUUUGUUACUUGACUUACAUAUAUUUACUUAUUUAUAAAUAUGUAAUAAUCAUAAGUAUAUCAGACAGAUCAAAACCUCAAAUUAAACUCAACAUUAGUGGGUUUAAAAGCUAAUAUAGCUUAUGCAGCCAUGUAAAAAAAAUGUUAAUAGGAUAAUAAAAAUUAAGAAACUUGUCACACUUAAAAAACAGUCACCACACCUGAAAAUUUUCAAGAAUGUUGAUUUGUUUACUGGCCAAUCAGAAUAAAGUUAAAGGCAUGGAAGUUAUGGAAACCACAAAACUACAUACUAUAAAUAACCACUGCUCUGUACAGUUUACAUGUAGUUUUCUCACACUUAAUUGGCUAAUUUUUCUUCCAACAUAAAUGUUCUGUCCUCAAACUCAAUUAUUUUUCUCAAGAAAUUUCGUGUAAAAUUCUUAAACUAGCAACAGAGGAUUUUGAUGCCUUUACCCAUUAGGCAUUUAAGGAUACAGUCUUUUGUGAGAAUUUCUGGAAUGCUUGUUCUUUCUUCCACUUAGAGAGUUUAAUAUUUAAAAACUAAUAAACAAACCUUGCUAAAAAGGGCAAGUUCCCCAAGGGCUUUGUUUGACACUUGUCAUAAAGUUUUAAUGAUUAGAGCUUACAAGUUCAUUAUGUCUGAUGUCAGCAAAAUUAUUUACAGAGAGGUCCUGGUGAAGCAGCUGGUGUCGAGGAGAGCCUUGUUUGUGGUGGAUUAUCAGGAAUAUGUGGUAAAGGAGUUAUUUAUCCUCUUGACAUGGUCAAAAAGAGACUGCAGGUGUGUUAGCUUAUAAAUGUCACAAUCGAUGUAGGUCAUGUACAAAGUUGAACCUCCAUGGGCGACCAGUGGUGGACAAAACAUUGACCCCCUAGUCCAUGGAGUAUUCCCAUGGACUACCCAUAUGGAUUACCCUAAAAUGGACUGUGCUGCUGAAGUUUAGUGAUUAGGGUUAGGAAUUUCAGUGAAUCAAGUUUCAUGUCGGUUCUCCCAGUAUAAUGAUCCUAAAUUCCCAGUAUAAUGAUCCUGAAUGGGACCUGGGUUUUACAUCACUUGGAGAAUGUGAAAAACUGAGUGACAACAUGGAACUACACUUACAAGUAACUUAAGGUACAAAAAUAAUUGCGUGUAACUUAUUCUCUUCCAAAAAAGGGAAUGUGUCAUGGACCUUUUCUUGGAUAAAACACCUCUCAGUUUUAUUCUCGUAAGCACCACCGUCUUAAUCUCUGCAUUUUGUGUGGUCACUUAUGGGAGGUUCUACUGUAUUUUAGUUUUUUAAAAAACUAUGUGUGAGCCAAAUUUAUUGUCAAGAAAAUGCAUGGUCAGCUUUUAUAUCGCUGAAGUAGGUUAACUGCUGCUACUUUUGUCACGUGUUAAUAAUAUGAUAAAAACUCAGAGGAAUAUCCCAGCAGAGUAGCAAGUCCAAAACUCAAAGUUGGUGGUGAUUUUUGCCAGAAGCUGGAUAAUUUUGGAAACCAUGCUUGAAUAAUCUUUUGAUUGAUAUCUAUCUUAGUAUCCAAUUUCUCCUUAUAAUAAAUUAUGACUGUUUAAGCAAAAGCUAAAGGAAAUAUCUCCAACAAAUAAUUUUUUAGGCUGUGACUGUUACACAAAUUUUCCUCAUCAGAACCAUAAGGACUGUAUGGAAAACAGUAUGGAGGAUAUAGGUACUGACAGGGUUUCCACGCAACUUGAAAGUCCUUGAAAGUUCUUGAAUUUUGAAAUUAAUUUGACGCCUUGAAAGUCCUUGAAAACUGCAGUUGGUGGUGGAAAGUCCUUGAAUUUCUGUGCUAACUUUAUCCAACCCAAAGUGAAAGGAGCAAACACAGUGAGACCUUCAGGAUAAAAUUGCUCAUGUUGUGGAAUAGUUAUGAAGUCCUUAAAGGCUACAAACCCUGUACUAACUAUAGGGAUAGACACACUGUAUAUACCCACUGAUCCUCUAGUUUCUUGUUUCGUUAUCAUUUUUUGGUGAACAGCUUCAGAAAUGAGUGUCAUCACAUUCACCACAAGGUAAUCAGGGAUCAGAUCAGGUUAAGAGACAGAAUAAACCCAUAGUGAUGCAUAUGAACCAUUCAUCUGAUAAUUCUUCCUGACUGUCAUAGCUACAGUGCCAUACAUUAAAAAUGUAGUGAUGAUCAAUUAAUGGUGCUCCCCAUUUUUUAAAGGUGCAAGGCUUUCAUCAAGCUAGAGAGAGUUUUGGAAGAGUUCAGUCAUACAGUGGUAUGAUUGACUGCUUCAAGGUUAUUGCAAAGGAAGAGGGCGCAGCUGGCUUCUUUAAAGGACUUGCUCCCAGCACACUUAAGGUAUCACUCUUAAUCCCCUGAAUUUUGUUGGGACAAUGCCUUGGCUGAUGUAAUCAUAAGCUUGAAAACCAGGUAGAGGCAAAGGAUGAGAAUGUGCCACAGAAAAAAUAAAAAAUUUUCACGGAGUUUAACCAAUUUGCCCCUCAACCACCUAUAACUGCCCUUGCAGAUCCACUUUUAAAGGCCAAGGACAACUUUGUCUUCAUAGUCCAGGAAGAAAACUUUCAAACCAUAACAGAAUGAGUUAAGAAAAAGGCAAAAAGUCAUUUUAAGUUGACCUGAUAAUAAUAAUAAUAAUAAUAAUAAUAAUAAUAAUAAUAAUAAUAAUAAUAAUAAUAAUAAGGACUUUAUUGGAUAACACAAUUACUGGAAACUCCAGUAGUUUUUGUUGUGGUUCAGCUUUUUUUGGCUUAGAAUGGGGUGUUUCUUCAUACCACGUAUGACCUAUGUCUAUUUUACAUGUAUGAGUGGUAUGAAGAAAUGAAUAGGUUAAGUCUAGGAUAGGGUAGCACUUUUUGGCACCUGGUCUUAAAUAGGGCUGCAAAAUUCAGCUGUACAAGGUCUGGUGAAGGCUAACAUAGUAAGGGGUUCCAGGGUUCCAGAAGGACACACCCACAUAGAAUUAUUAGAGCACUAUAAGGGGGGAAGGGCCGGGCUUGAAGAGUAAGUAGAAAAUGAGAGAUGCAGUGAUACCAUUCUGUCGUCCUGGCCAUGAAUCUUAUCUAGUUAUGUAGUUGAAAACAAAACUCUAUGACUUUCAGGCCUUUCCAGGACUCACACUGCUUCAGUUGACAUACAGAGUGACACAGUUAAAAAUCUCAUGAAGGUUCCCAGGGUUGUGAUUUUUCUAGUUUCCUGCAAGAAUCGAGUAUCAGGAAUCCAUAACUGUUUAUCUAGAAUCAAGGCGAGGUUUCAGUCUCAUGAUAGAGAAAACAAUAAAAUGAUUCACCCAUGACAAAAGCAGAUUGCAAACAAGGCAUAGUUUACAGCUUGUUGUGCAAGCAGCUGUAUGUUUUCAAGGCUGUGCUCUAAGGAAACUAUAAGGGAACCCAGUGCUCUGAAACUGUAAAAUCAAGGGUGCCCAGCAUAUGAUUUGUAUGAAAAAUCUGAGAUUUUCUAGUCGCCCGAGGGUAAAAGUUAGGCGCCAGGGGCCACUGGGCUCUGCUAGAGCACAGCCCUGGUUUUAAUUCGAAACAUGACCAAGUUAAGCUUAUUUAUGGAUACUGAAUACUCUAGCAUAAAUAAUUGUCAGUUGCUUUAUUUUUUCAGGCUGGUUUGUCUGUAGCCCUUAUUUUUUGUACGUAUGAACAGUGCCUUGCAAUGAUAAGAAGUUACAUUCAUGAGGAGGAAUUGCCAGCAGUUACAUCAGAAUCAAGAAGAUAGCUACUGCAGAAGCAAUUUAAACAAUAUAUUAACUGUAUAAUAUGAAUAUUAUUUUUCAUUAUAUUAAGUUAUUUUUAUUUUGAUGUUUUUUACUUAACAUCUCAUACAGGUUACAAACACUGGUCAGAAUUAUAAUUCCCUGAAUCAUCGUUUAUAGCCAAUAAUAUCAAUAAUAUUAAUCACUAAUUAAUGACUUCAAUUUUUGCAAAAUUAAUAAU